CAAAGAUAAGGAGACUGUAUGACAUUGCUAACAUUUUAGCAACUUUAGACCUUAUCAGGAAAAUCCGCAUCACCGACAUCAGGGACAGAAAACCUACCUACCAGUAUAUAGGGCCAGAUCUGGAGCAAGUGCAUGAAUUAAAUGUAUGUUACCAUGAUGGAUAUCAUCGGCCGACUUCUAGACAUUCCAUGCUUGACUGUGUCAAGAACCAGCAAAUGUCUGAAAUUCUAUCAACACAUGGACAUCGACCUAUUAAACCAAAUGAUUGCAAAGGACUAGGGGACGGGGCUCCUAGGAAGAACUCCAUGCCCAGACAUUCCUCUUUUGAGCAGAUCUGCCAGGUCGCGGAGAAGGAACGAGACAAGUUGUACGCCUCAAUGUCACAGCCAUCAAGUCCAACCGAGAAACACAGCUUUGAUGAUUCACGAAUGACCUCCAGUCAAGAGGAGCCAAACACCAUUCGCAAGAGUGUUGGUAAACGAAUCAUUGUCAAGCAAAAGGGUACAGAAUUCCAGAUCAUUCAUCCUACAAAAACAACAGUAUUGAAAACCGACGCAGCUACUUCUACCGUGCCAAAGCCCUCGGGGGGCGUCUCCAAAGAUACAAAGACUAUGGAGACCAUAGUCAUCAAAGCCAAACAGAGCUCUUCUCUGCCACUGACCCCAGAUCAGAUAAAUGCAGUACUUAAAUCCUUGAAAGUGCCAGUACCUAUCAAGAAGGAAGGUGAAGCAAAGGAGAUACAGAGUCCAGUCAAGAGUGAGAAUGCCCCUGAGGCUGGUGCCUUUCAAGCAGUGAAGAGGGCCUAUGUUCUGCAGAAUGGGGAACCGGAGGUGAAACGGUUCAGGUUGGAGUAUCCUUCACCCCCAACGGAUGAGGACGAGGUCAAGUCAAAAAAAACUUCAACUGACAUCAAAGGGAAAACACCCCCUCAGAGAGCUUUAACUUCGGAAUUCAUGGAUGCAAAAGGAUCCCAAAGCUCGUCAGACGUAGAGCCGUCUCAGUCGACAGAUUCAUGUGACUCGGAACCAUCAGGGAGUAGUAAAAACAAUCAGGGACAAAUUCACAGAAUAGCAGUACAGUUGCCAAAUCAGCCUCCUACCAUAUUGCAGUUACCUUUCAUUCAGCGCCAACCGGCCACCUCCAUAUCGCACAUGCAGAUCAUUCAGGGCGUUCCGAUGAGUGCCACGGAUGGUACAGGACAAGCGGUAAACUUCAUGGUGCCUGUAACUUUUAGUCCUCCCCUUACCCCUAACAGUAGUUCCUCCCCUAGUCCAACUGUGUUCACUUUUGCAGGUCAACCCACUUUCGUGAACCAGCAUCACCUAAUUGGUCAACCACCCGUGAAAUUGUCGCCGAUUUCCGUUUCCAUGGCCAGUGUCUCCCAGAAUAGUGCUGUUCAGUCCUCCCCCAUUAUUCCCCCCCAGCAGAUGAUCACCCCCACAGAACGCCCCACCCCCACGGCUAAGUUCUUCCGGAACACCCCCGGGGGCUUGAUUCCACUGUCAACCAUUUCAGCUGCAGCCAGCAACUUUGCAGCCAAAGAGGGCCUGGCAACAGCAAGGAAGCUUGACCUCCCUGACCUCAGUGCUAAUGACGUCUGCUGAGUCGAUCUCAUAUUUUAUUGACUUGUAGAAUAUUCAUAUUUAAGUUUAAAAAAGUAUAAAUGUAUUUUAUUGAGGGAUGAUUGCAUGUUGUUGUUUUUGGCUGAAGAAUGUGUCCUGUGCUGUCCUUUUAACUUGUAGUUAACUUGAUGGAAAAAAAGUGUGUUUUAACUUAUGGCUUAUGUCUAAUUUUAUGUGGUGCACUAAGAUGUAAAAAAGUUAGACCAAAGUAUUUAUUCUCUGCACAAGAAUUGUGUAUCUGCAUGAAAUGAAUUUUUUUUUGUAGUAUUUAUUAUGUAAAGCCUCUUAUUUUGAAAACAAGCCUAGCUAUAUAUAUAAUAUUGUUUUUUUUUUUUGCUUAGUAUGGAACUAAUGAUGCACUGUAUUUCUGGAAAAAACUAUAUAGGAAAAAUCUACAGAAGGAAAAUGUUAAUUUCGAGCUUGCAUUUUAUAAGGAUGAUAGAGGAGGUGUUAAGUGUAAAAUAAAAUAAAAUGUGUUUUUUCGUGUACAAAUGUUUGGUCCUACAUGGUGUUGUAAAAUCUGUAAUUGGAAAGCAUAUAUACUAUUGUUGGAAGAGAAAUGCAUGUGUAAAAAUGUUAGGGGUUUGAAGUGUAAUGUGUAGAAUAGGUGAAUGUUAAUAGAUGAAAUUUGUCAUUAGGAUGAUGUUUCUGGGUCCAUGCUAAAUGUACAAAAGUUUGACUUGCAGUGUGUCGAUAUAGAAUGGUAAUGGGAAAAUAUAUACCCAUGUAGAAUGUAAUUGCGAAAAAAAUUGUUGUAUAAAGUUAAGCUGGGGUACAUGAAUUUUUUCUUGUCUGAUUUUGGGUCUACGAUAUGCAUGUUGUUUGACUAGUGUACUUGGAAGAAGGCUGUCUGGAAUUUUUGUAGAACUUUCUGAAUGCAUUAGAGUUGAGACAAAGAAGAUAAUUUGUGGCAAACUGUGAUACAUCUUUAUUGUUUAGUUUGUCAACUUUGUUUAUCAAUACAAUGUGGUUGUAAUCAUUUUGAUAAUUUCUGUAGAUUCCAAUUUUGUUAAGUUUUUUUUUUUGAAAGAUUUUUUUAGGCAGCAUUCAUAGUACCCAGUACCCGCAUGUAAUGCAUAUAUGUUUUGUUUAUUUUUUAUUUAUUUUUUUCCUAAUAAUAAUAGUUUUAUUUUUGCAUGGGCAGUACUAUAAUAUUUUUUUUAAAUAUAUAAUAUUUGAGCUAGCUCAAUAUGUUUAUUUUAUUAAUCAGCGAGUUGAGAGGAAGAUCACAUGAACACUGUGUAGGAGUUAUCUUCCCUUCAUCUAAAUCCACACACAGUCAUUUCAUUCCUGGAUUAUAGUAUUUUAAUUAGCAAACAAAUCAGCUCACUUUAUUCAUGAUACUCUUUUGUUUUUUGUUAGACAACAAGUAUUGUUAAGUUGUUUCUUUUAUUAUUCUAUGUUUUAACCCUGCAUCGUGCACAAUUUCUUCCAAUGUAAUUGAUUAAAUUGCUGCAUGAAAGUCAAAUUGUACAUAGAUAAUUGUAUAUAAAGGAAUAAUAAACUAUUUAAUGAUACA